CCAGAUCUAAACAAGUGCAGUGAUUAGGGUUUUUCCAUAUAUUUCAGAAGCGCAGUCUGCAGCCGACUUCAGAAGAUGGGUCACUCCAACAUCUGGAACGCUCACCCCAAAAACUACGGCCCUGGCUCUCGGACCUGCCGCGUAUGUGGCAAUCCACAUGCCAUUAUUAGGAAGUAUGGGCUUAUGUGCUGCAGGCAGUGCUUCCGCAGCAAUGCAAAGGAAAUUGGCUUCAUUAAGUACCGUUAAUGGAAUUCAGUUUCCAUGGAGGAUCUUUCUCCAGAUGGUGUGAUGCGAUUAUUUUGAUUAUGUUUGCAUGUACUCGAAGUGAAUUGCUAGACUUAAAAGAUCUUUGUGUUUAGCUUUGUUUCAGUUUUCUAUUUCUAUUUACUCUCCUACGUAACUUUGUUUCGUCAAGAUAUUUUUGGAAAAAUGAGUAGCUUAUAAUUUCGUUGGAUGUGAAAUGUAGUAGUCAGAAACAUAUUGUCGAGAGAUUUAUUAUCAAAUAUAAGAACUAUCAUAUGCUUGCCUG